UUUACCUAUAUAAAAUUCAUUAAAUUUAAAACGGAUUUUAUUAAAAUAUGAUUUAUCAAUUUAAAAUAGUACUGUUUGCAAGUUGCAUUAUAUCAACUUUAUGCUUUCCGAAUAAUUGUGGACCAUCAAAUACUGAAGUCUCUUCAAGUGAAAUACCGGAUAAUGAUCAUAGAACUGUCUUCAAAAUUAUUAAAACCCAAGUGAAAGAUGAAUUAUCAUUAGCAGCUCAUUUUGAUAAUGGUUUGAUUGUAUAUCAAAAAUUAUAUUUGAUUUGUCUAAUAAAAUAUGGAAUAAAUAUCAGAGAGGGCAUACCUGAUCAUAUAUAUGUUACGAUGAAAAAUGAUACAAUCACAAUGGACGAAGCAAUGGCAACAUUUCAUGAAUAUAUUAAUAUAAAAAUUAAUAAUUUAGCUGAUGAUUUGCGAAAAAAAGCAAAUAAUGGAUAUAUUAAUGCUUUGCAUGCACGUGAUAUAUUUGUGAAUCAUGGAAUAGAUAAAGAAAUACGACGCCAAACUCUAUACAAAAUGAAAUUAAUAUACGGUUGCUUAUUAAAAUGCGAAGAUGUCAUAAAUUGCUUAAAAUGAAAUGUAUUACAUUAUUUAUAUGUAAAUAUCUAUAAAUAUACUUCUAUUUGAAUA